AUGGUGCUCUACUUCACGUCUACGGCGGUCGAGCCGCCAGCGACCAUCUAUGUGGGCAAGGACAAGUUCGAGAACGAAGAACUGCUCAGGUAUGGUCUUGAACGCGACGUGUGGUUCCACGUCGACAAGCUCUCUUCCGCGCACGUAUACCUGCGCCUCCCACCCAAUAUCGAGUCCUGGGAGACAAUACCAGAGGCUCUUGUCAACGACUGCUCCCAGCUGGUCAAAGCCAACUCCAUCGAGGGCAACAAGAAAGCCAACAUCACCAUCAUCUACACACCCUGGUCCAACAUCAAGAAGACCGGCGAUAUGGCGGUCGGUGCCGUUACCUUCUUCAACGACCGCAAGGUCAAGCGCUUCCACAUCAAAGAGAAGGACAAUGCUAUUGUCAACCGCCUCAACAAGACCAAGAAGGAGGUGCAGGUAGACCAUGAGGCUGAGCGUCAAGAGCGUCUGCGCGACGAAGGCCGUGUCAAGAAGGCGAAAGCCAUCGAGGAUGUGAGUUUCGGAUCUCAUCCUUCGUUCUCCGUUCUUCGUUCAGCAGCCCGAGCUGCCUCGUUGAUCACCAUGCUGACCCUCUUGAACGCUCCUCUCUUGAAACUUCAGAAAAAGGCACAGCAGGCCGAACAAAAGCGCCGCAAGGAGGAAGCAGAAGCGCGCGAUUACUCGAAGCUAUACUCCGCCGAGGCCAUGGAAGAGGAGAGACGACGUAAGGAAGAACGCAGGCUCGCCAAACUCGACGGCAAUGCAUCCGGCAGCGGCGACGACGACCAAGACGAUGGCAUGGACAGCGACGACUCGUUCAUGUAA